UACUAAUUUUCUUCUCCAAACCAUUUUUCCCCCCAAAUCUUUCCCUCCCUCUCUCCAUCACCUCUCCUCAUCCCCACCGUGAGUCCGCCACCGUCGAUCACUCACGAGCCCGCCACUGUGCGUUCUGCAUCUCCGGCCAAAAGUCACCGUCCGUUCUCCAUCUCUGGCCGUCUUCCAUCUCCGACCGAGCUUCCACCGUCUUGCGCCGACCGAGCUCUCCAUUUCCACCGCCGAACGAGGUCCCCCAGUUCCGGCGACCAUUUCCCGCAUUUCCGGCCUAUAUCUCCCCAUUUCCGGCACCGGUAGCGAUCUCCCCAAUUUUUGAUUUUUUGAGUUGUUUUCCGAUUAGCGUGCUAGCAUAAAAUUUUUUAGAGGUAGUGCACUAAUUUGGAUAUUGGAAUUUAAUAUUCCUGCUCUUUUCGUGAGUUUUCUCUACAAUCAAAUAGUGAGUUGUGAUUAUUUUGGUUGCGGAGGAAGGUUGAAAAGAAAUGAAGUUGGCUUGCAAUUUUGGCUCAUUCUGUGUAGACCCAAGAAAAUAACUACUGUUGUUGCAGCAGUUAUUAGUGGUGAAAAUGGUAAUAUUAUUCUCGCUGUUACUCAAAAGCUGAUUUCUUCUGAUGCACUCCGAAUUCGGAGACCGAUAGACUAGUAAUAGUAUAUUAGCUACCUUCGUAUGCCAUUGCAGUGACCAGAAAGGCAAUAUUUGCAUAGACAUGGCAGUGGUUUCUUCAAGACUAGUCUUCCUGUCUGCCAUAUGCAUUCUCAUUGCUCCAGCCAUUGUUCGGGCACAGGUUGAUUAUAACUAUGACUGCUCAGUUAACCAGGGUAACUACAGCAGUGGCAGUACCGACGAGAAAAACCGGAAUCUCGUCCUCUCCCCCCUCUCCUCCAACAGCAUUGACAUUGACUACGGGUUCUAUAAUUCGUCUUAUGGGGAAAGCCCUGAUCACAAAGUAUAUGCAAUUGGACUUUGCAGAGGAGAUUUGAAGCCUGAUGAAUGCCGUAAUUGCCUCAAUAUCGCUAAAGAUAAUCUCACACUACAGUGUCCCGUUCAGAAGGAAGCAAUAGUAUUUUAUGAAAAGUGCAUGUUGCGCUACUCAACCCGCAACAUAUUUAGCACCAUGGAUGAUACUCCUGAAUAUACUUGGAUGAACAAGCGCGAUAACAUAUCAGACUAUUCAGCCGAUGAGAAGCUUCAGUUCCGUAAGGACCUCCCGAACUUGUUGCAAAACCUAAGUGGUCGAGCUGCAGCAGGUGGUUCUCACCGUAAGUUUGCAGUAGGAAAUGUAGCAGCCCCAAGAUCCCAAACAAUAUAUGGAAUGGUUCAGUGCACACCUGAUUUGUCUGAGCAAGAUUGCAACCGAUGCUUGAGUGGGGCUAUUGAUAAUUUCUUGAAGUCUUAUGCUGACAGCCUAGGUGGGAGAAUUCUUAGACCCAGCUGUAAUUUUAGGUAUGAGAACUACGCCAACUUCCUUGACCACACAGCUUAUGCGCCACCGCCGCCUCCGCCGCCACCGCCACCGCGGAGUAGCAAAUCUCAAACUGUGAUCAUUUUAGUUGUGGCGCCCGUUGUUGCUUUUGUCAGUUUUGUGGUGCUAGCCAUCUCCAUUUACAUCAAUUUAAGAGUGAGGAAGCGAAGGGAGAAACCAAGAAUCCAAUCGAACUCAACAACAAGAAGAACCUCGGCUUCCAUGGUUGCUCCAACCCUUCCAUUAUCUUCUAAAUUUCGUUGGGACGUCUUCUUGAGUUUUAGAGGUGCCGACACCCGCAAGAAUUUCAUUGGUCACCUCUACUCCUCCUUGGAGCGAGUCGGAAUUCGCAUCUUCCGAGAUGAAGAGGAGCUUCCAAGAGGGGAGACCAUCUCUACGGCACUUCUCAAUGCGAUCGAAGAAUCAAGAAUUUUCAUUGUAGUUUUCUCCAAAGACUUUGCUUCUUCCCGCUGGUGCCUUGAUGAACUUGUGGAGAUUGUGGACCGUAGGAAAACCAUAGGCCGCACUCUUCUUCCCAUAUUUUAUCACAUAAAACCCUCAGAUGUUCGAAGACAGACCGGAACUUUCACAGAAGCAUUUGCUAGGCAUGAAGAGCAGUUUCAUAACAAUAUUGAGAGGGUGCAUAAGUGGAAAAAAGCUCUUACUGAAGCUGCAAAUUGUUCUGGCUUGGAUCUCGAAAGCAUUGCAAAUGGGCAUGAAGCAAAAUUCAUAGAGAAGAUUGUUGAAGACGUUUUGCGUAUAUUGAAAGUCUCCGACGACCUGAAUGUUGCCCACAUCCAAUAGGAGCUUAAACUCUCAUGUUGACGAGAAGGAAGUUCUAUUCAACCUUAUAUUAUCUAUAUGGUUGUAUCAAUCUGUGCUGAGACAAAUUGUGUAUUUUUCUUUUUCCCUCACCAAAGGUUAUAUAGAUAUGGUAAUUGUAUGCUUUCAAAAUAUAAACUUUCCUGUUUACAACACUACUACUAUUUGCUGUAAUUUCAUAAUUAAUUUGUCAAUGCCAUUGAAUUCUAGCUCAAUUGGCACCUUAAUUCCCCUUACAAGACCAACAUGAAAGGUGAGGAAAAUUUAAUAAUUGUGUUCAUG